AUGGUAGAUGCUGCAGCUGGGGGUCAACUGUUGGAGAAAAGCUUUGACGAGAUAUAUGCAUUGUUGAACAAAUUUUCCAAGAGCAAUCCGGAUUGGCAAGGAGAGAUGGGCAGACACACAGUGCAAAAGUCUGCAGGGGUUCUUGAGUUAGAUGUCGUCUCACCAUUAUCAGCGCAGAUUGCUACACUGGCCAAUCAAGUCAACCAGAUGAACCUGAGUAUCAACAAGCAACAAACACAACUGAUACAACAAAUUCAAACUUUUUGUGAAAUAUGUGGAGAGGAGCACACGAGCGACAUAUACCCCGCAAACCCAGAACCACCUCAGGUUGAACAACAAGCGAGUCCUACAAGUCACCUUGAAGACAUGUUUAAAAAGAUGAUGGCUGAACAGCAAGCCCUCGCCACAACAGUGAGAAAUCUGGAGCGUCAAAUGGGACAGCUUGCUAGUGCUCAAAACACUAGACCAGCUGGAGCUCUUCCAAGUGACACUGAAGCCAAUCCUACGGCGGCCGUUAAUGCCGUAUCGUUGAGGAAUGGGAAACAACUAGAGGAAGUUCUAUCAAAAAAGAGGAAACAGAUGACUAUUAAUGAGAUGCCAACCGUUGUAGAAUCGACAUCAGAUAAAGCCAAGGAGCCAGAGAAUCCAGCUGGAGAGGCGGUGGCUGAGCAAUCCCCACAUUUGGUUGCAAGGCCACCACCUCCAUUCCCUCAAAGACUGCAGAAAUUACGAGAUAAUGCCACAUAUAAAAAGUUUCUUGAUAUCUUGAAGCAGGUACAAAUUAAUAUUCUAUUGGUUGACAUCUUACAAGAAGUACCCAAAUAUGCAAAGUACAUCAAGGACAUUAUGGCGAAUAAAAGGAGGCUGACCGAGUUCGAGACCGUGGCACUCACUGAGGAGUGCAGUUCCAGAAUUCAAGGCAAGCUACCUCAGAAAUUGAAGGAUCCAGGUAGUUUCACUAUCCAAAUCACGAUUGGUAAACAUGUUAUUGGGCGAGCUCUAUGUGACCUUGGAGCAAGCAUCAAUUUGAUGUCGCUAUCUAUAUUCAGACAGUUGGGGUUGGGUGAACCACGCCCAACAACAGUUAAUUUACAGUUAGUUGACCGCUCCCUUGCUCAUCCUGGGGGAGUGAUUCAAGAUGUACUAGUGCAAGUGGGGUCUUUCAUAUUCCCAACUGAUUUCAUCAUCCUGGAUUACGAGCCUGAUCAGGAAGUCCCAUUUAUUUUGGGGCAUCCAUUCUUAGCCACGGGCCGAGCUAUUAUUAAUGUUUGUGAAGGAAAGAUGACGAUGAGAGUGGGUGACCGAGUGGAGGUCUUCAAUGUUUAUAGAGCACUCAAGUUACCAGCCCAUUAUGAAGAGUUAUCCAUGAUCUCUGUGGUGGAAGGUGAUGCCACAUCGUUAGUACCCUAUAUGAGCCCUGCAGAUCCUGUUGAACGAGUAUUGAUUGGGGACGUAGAAAAUAGUGAAGAUGAAAGGAUGGGAGAAAUUGAGCAAGUGCUGGAUAUGUCAUGCAGUUAUGUACAUGGGGUUAGAAAAUUUGAAGAGUUGGACAGGCCUGUCACUCUGACCCUCCCCAGGCCAUCUAUUGAAGAAGCUCCAAAGCUAGAACUCAAGCCACUUCCAGCGCAUCUGCGCUAUGCUUAUUUGGGGAACUCAGAGACACUACCCAUGAUUAUUUCAUCCAGCUUGACCAGCACUCAAGAAGAAAAAUUGCUCAGAGUCCUCCGCGAGCAUAAAAGGGCCAUUGGGUGGACUAUAGCUGACAUCAAGGGUAUUAGUCCAUCGUUUUGCAUGCAUAAAAUCUUUCUAGAGGACGGACACCGCCCCAGUGUAGAGCAGCAAAGGAGAUUAAAUCCCAUUAUGAAAGAGGUGGUGAAAAAGGAAGUAAUCAAGUUGCUCGAUGCAAGUAUCAUUUUUCCUAUUUCUGAUAGCAACUGGGUGAGCCCGGUUCAAUGUGUGCCCAAAAAGGGAGGAAUGACUGUAGUUGAGAACGAGAAGAAUGAGCUAAUCCCCACUCGCACUGUUACGGGCUGGAGAGUCUGCAUUGAUUAUAGAAGGCUCAAUAAGGCAACUCGCAAGGAUCACUUCCCACUCCCAUUCAUCGACCAAAUGCUAGACAGGCUGCUUGAAAAAUAUGUCACUUUCAAUUUUGAUGAUGCUUGCCUCAACUCAUUUGAGGAACUUAAAAAGAAGUUGCUGAAUUACACCACCACUGAGAAGGAGUUGUCAGCCGUUGUGUGGGACUUUGAGAAAUUUCGGGAAUUUGAUGUAGAAAUACGAGAUCGAAAGGGGACAGAAAACCAAGUAGCUGACCAUCUAUCAAGGUUGGAAAAUCACGAUCACGUGGAGGAGGGUGGCCAAAUUAAAGAGGUGUUUUCUGAUGAUCAACUUUUUGCUAUAACCCAAGACCCUCCCCCAUGGUAUGCAGACUAUGUGAAUUAUCUUGUGAGUGGAGUACUCCCUCCCGAAAUCCAAUCUGAAGCUAGAAGCGGUUCUUACAUGAUGUGA